AUGUUUUGCUUAGUGUUGGGUAGUGUCAUGCUAGUUACAAUUCAAGCACGACGUGUCGCUAACGAUGAUAAUUUUGAAAUAUCAAAUUCAAAAGCACGAUCAUUUUUAGAUGAUAGUGAUGAUAAUGAUGCUGAUGAUUUGGCCAAUUAUUUAUUAAAACGUGCUUCACCGUCUACGGCGCAGAAAGAUUGUGUUAUGUGCAAAUUUAAUAUGGUUCCAUGCUGUAAACCUAAUAUAUGUAUCAAAAAAACACUCAGACCGGAUGAAUGUAUGGAGAUAAAAACUGGAAAAUAA